GCCCACAAAUCUUGUUCUGUUCUGCCUUUGUUUCGCCGGAGAUUCGAUUCUGAGGUUGAGAUUCUGGACGGGGAACGAUGAGUUGCAAUGGUUGCAGAGUUCUUCGGAAAGGGUGCAGUGAGAAUUGCUUGCUUCGACAAUGUUUGCAAUGUUUAGACAAUCCACAAGCUCAGGCACACGCCACCGUAUUCGUUGCCAAGUUCUUCGGCCGUGCCGGGCUCUUGUCCUUCAUUUCCUCCGUGCCUCAAUCCCAACGAUCUGCUUUGUUUCAGUCUCUGUUGUUUGAAGCCGUGGGGAGGGCGAUUAACCCGGUGAGUGGAGCGGUGGGGUUGCUGUGGAGUGGAAACUGGCAAGUGUGUGAGUCUGCGGUGCAGACGGUGCUACGAGGAGGCUCGUUGCAGCCGCUUCCAGAAUUUAGUGGUGGAGCUUCGAUGCUGGGUUUUGAUAAUCUCCUGGAAUCUGAGAGGAAGAGGAAGGGGUUCAGGGAGGACAUGGAGAAAUGUGUAGAGAUUAGUCUUGGUCUUUGCUUGAACGAGGAUGACAAUGAUAGGGCGGGGAAGCGGAGGAGAGCGGCGAGUCCCUCGUCGGAGGAAUCUGAAACGACAACAUCCGGCAGUGGUUGUUCCCGAGAUGCUGGAAGUGAAAAAAAGCUCUUGAGACUGUUCGUUUGAGAAUAAGCUCUGAUUUUUCAUUUUUGUUUCAAGGGAAAAAAAAUAUGCUAAUAAUCCUUCUUCAAUAUUUGGAGUGUUGAAGAUGGAUGAGUUUUGUAGGCACUUUCGUUAAUAAUUACUGCUACUUACCAUUUUCGCAAAUUUGUGGGGUUUUAUAUAAAUGAAGAAGUGUGUAUUAAUUGGAUUUUUUUUGUUUUUGGUACUUUAAAUGAGAAGA